AUGUCCGACCCCGUGGAUACCUCUAGCCCACUGAAGAAAGGACGCACCUUGUCUCGUUGCCGGUACGCGUCUCCCCACAGCGACGGCGGGAUGGCAGUCGAGAGACUCACCGACGACCUCCUCGUCGAGAUCCUCGCGCGUCUCCCGGUCAAGUCGCUCUGCCGCUUCAAGUGCGUCUCCAACCACUGGCUGGCCCUCAUCCACCACCCCGAACACCGCAAAAAGCUCCCCCAAACACCGGCCGGCUUCUUCUACGGCAGCGCCAACACCGGCGACUGGCUUCUGAAAUCCCCCGUCCGCUUCGCCGAUUUCCCGGGAAGAUGCUCCCCUCCGAUCGACACCUCCUGCGCCUUCCUGCCCAACCACCGGCGCGUCCAUCUGCUGGACUGCUGCAACGGCCUCCUCCUCUGCCGCUGGUACGUCUCAGCCCAGGGCGAUGAGUUCCAUUAUGUGGUGUGUAAUCCUGCCACGGAGAAGUGGACCGUGUUGCCGGACUUCGGCAAGCCCACCAGCGAGGUGGCCACCACACGUUUGGGCUUCGAUCCGGCCGUGUCGUCGCAUUUCUAUGUGUUUGAGUUGAUAAAUGAGCACGACCAGCUUUGGGACCCUGACAUUGUCGGGGUGGCAGUGUAUUCCUCUGAAACCGGAGGAUGGGUUUACAAGGAGAAGAAAUGGAAUGCAGACAUUAGGAUCAUUAAUCGUCAGUCUGCAUCUGUCUUUCUUAACGGCUAUCUGCAUUUUGAAGCCGAUUGUGGUGGGAUAUCUCCUUGUCUAGCUGUGGUGGACACCAAGGGGGAAACAUGGAUGAACAUUGAUGUCCCUGACGCUGACGCUCUGCUUGAUGGUUUUAUUCAGCGGUCACAGGGUCGCCUGCAUUAUGCCAAUUUUCAGCAAGAUGAAGAUGGUUUUACCAUUCGACUGGUAGUUUAUGUUCUCGAGAACUAUCAAAGCAAGGAAUGGAUACUGAAGCAUAGCGUUGACACUUCGUACAUAUUUGGAGAAACAGAUUCUCAUUUCCGCCUCGACAAGGAUUUUGAAUGGAUUGCGAUUCAUCCAGAAUGCAACAUGAUAUUCUUCAAUGUUGGUUGGUUUAUCACAUUCACUUGCUAUAAUAUGGAUAGCGGGCAAGUCAAGCUGAUCUCUGGUCCUGUAGAUGGGAAGCCGCCAUAUAUGCCAUAUGUGCCGUUGUAUGCAGAGUUACAGCCGUUGCACAUUUGA